AUGAAGUUCUUGAAAAGUUUAUUGCAGUACGAGACGUUCAAGAUGGUGAAAGUCAAAGACCAAAGACUUGGUCUCAUAUAUCGUAUACUUCAAAUAGCGAUCUUUGCAUAUAUUUUAUAUACGAUAAUUGCUUAUCAGGGUUAUCUGCAUAAGGAAGCACCGGUUAAGGGAGCAGUUAGAAUAUCACUUAAAGCGCCAUCAACGCUAACGGCUCCAGCAUAUUGCAAUAACCCACUCCCGUGUGUCUAUUGGGGAGCAAACGAAAUCCAAUUUCCACCAGACGGUGCAGGCGUGGCUUUUGUAACAACCCGCGCAACAGUUAACCGUUAUACGCCUCCGACAGGGUGCAACUUUCUAACACCAACCACCCCGUCCGAUCCUUGUAUCUUUGACGCGAACAAGACACCAACCCAAACGCUUACCAAUAAAUCAUACAUUGGUGAUAUAGAAGAUUACACUCUGAUGAUUGAACAUUCAAUCCGUGGUCGAGCGACAUCCAUUGCAGUUCGCAACGGUCAAAUGGACGGGAAACUCAUGUCUUCCGAUGGAAAAACAGUCAUCAAGGAAUGGACCAAUGCAAUAAGAAUGGAUGAAGAUCCCCAUGCAGAUGGAGAUAUCAUAAAAGUAAGUCAACUCUUGGAGGCUGCUGAAGCUGAUUUGGAGGCGCAAUCGACUGCACCCGGCGCCCAAAGUGGGGAAACGUAUAGAUCAUCGGGAAUCGUCAUUGUCAUUGUGAUCGAAUACCAGAACGUCAAACUCAAGAAGGACAAGUUUUCAUACAAAUAUCUUCCUCGGAUGAUAGAGGGAAACGAGUAUAAGGCUGUCGAGAGUUUGUAUCAAACUGAUGGAUCGUACAUAUUAAAAGAAAGACAUGGUAUUCGCUUUGUAUUCGAACAGCAUGGAGAGAUCGGGGAAUUCAGUAUGGUUUCGUUGCUUGAGAAUAUCGUUGCAGGUUUUGCGCUGUUUAAGGGGGCUACUAUCCUUGUGGAGAUUCUCAUGUUGAAAUUUUUACCAGAGAAAGACAUAUAUGAAGAUGCAAAGUAUGAAGAAACAAGUGACCUUGACGAAUUGAGAAAAAGGAACAGUAAUUGA